GACCAGGGCUCCCAUGACAACCAUUGUUACAACACGGCCAGGCGAGAUGGUAUGCAUUGACUUUCUGCACUUAGAGACAUGCAAACAGGGGUUCGAGUACAUUCUUGUUGUGAUAGAUCAUUUUACUGGUUUCGCCCAAGCCUAUGCCACGAAAAAUAAGUCUGCCAGAACUGUGGUUGAUAAACUAUUCAAUGAUUUUGCCCUGCGUGUUGGAUUUCCAGAGAGGAUUCACCACGACAUGGGGAGGGAGUUUAACAACCAGUUAAUGGAUCAACUACGGAGGAGCUGUGAUGUGCGUGGGUCCCAUACCACAUGUUAUCAUCCUCAAGGUAAUGGGAAAUGUGAAAGAUUUAACAGGACCAUCUUAUCCAUGCUCCGCACCCUCACAAGUGAACAGAAGGCUGACUGGAAAAGCUCAUUGACGAAACUGGUGCAUGCGUACAACUGCACCCGCAGUGGGGUCACAGGGUUCUCUCCUUACUACUUGCUUUAUGGAAGGUCACCCCGUUUGCCAGUAGACCUGCUUUUCAACCUACAGCCCAGAGAAGCAAAAGAGACUUAUGCUGAAUAUGUACAGAACUGGCGGAAACGGAUGCAACAAGCCUAUGAGAUCGCAUCUAAAACAGCAGCCCGGGAAGCUCUACGAGGCAAGAAAGGUUAUGACAAAAGAUCAUUUGGAGCCGACUUGCAACAGGGUGGACGAGUGCUUGUACGGAACCUGUCAGAGAGGGGUGGCCCUGGGAAACUGCGGGCCUAUUGGGAACCUAAAGUGCAUGUGGUGGUGAGGAGGAGGAGCAGUGACAGCCCAGUGUAUGAAGUGGCACCAGAGGGAGGAGGCAAGAGUCGUGUGUUGCAUAGGAAUCUUCUACUCCCGUGUGACAGUCUGCCCCUGGAAAAACCAGAACCAGGUCCUGCUAAACGCGAAACAAAGAUACAGGCAGGGACAAGAACAAGAGGGCAGCAAAUCACGGAGCCAGAGAACGAUUCGGACAGUGAUGAUGUUGAGCUGGUGUGUCGGUUCCCAUACCACCGGGAACUAAGUCAGAGAACUGCAGUCUUAGACCCAGAGGCGGAGCCAUUUACACCAGCUCCCACCAUGCAAAAUGGAGUGCCAGAUCUGGAAGACGGAACGGUUGCUCAGGAGGACGCAGAGACUGACAAUAGAGGAAUCACAGCUGAUGGAGGUGAGGUGGAAGACACUACAGAGGCCAGGGACGGUCUACUAGAGUCAUCAGAGGAAGAUGAUUUUCACCUGCCACCAGUGACAAGCUACCCACAGCGACAAAGGCACCGUCCCCAGAUUCUGACCUACAACGCCUUGGGUGAACCAACGUGGGUGAAAGCUGGUGCAGAGAGCCUGCGUGUCGUGAGUAUGACCUCAGCCUGCAAACCACCGACCAUGUGGCGACCCUGGACAUCACUAGACACUGAAGUAAUGAGUUGAACUCACACAAACAUUACUCUAGUUUGGAGAAAAUGGACUUGGUGAAAUUCCAUGGAGUGUAAAGAAGAGACAUUUCCAGGAGAACAUAUUGAAAUAAUACUGUACAGAUAGAGAUACUGGUAACAGACUAAAAGAACUGAGGCCGAUAUGAGUUCUGUUACAAUUGAGAGUUGAUCUGAUUGGGGUCACAGUACAGUAGCUGAUGUUUACUGGUAUUGAGCUAAAUGGGCCGGAUACUUUGAUAAAUGGGUACUAAUUGAACUUGAUGUCAAGGGCCACAUUAAAUAAAAUGUAACAUCAAUAGGUAAUACCAUGUUUCAGUAAGAAAAUUCGAUAUGUGACAGGGUACAUUUUGGGUAUCAGAAAUGUCUGAGGACAUUUAUUAUUGGGGGGGAGAGUGUGGCAUACUGAGCAAGCAGUGGGUUGAAACUCCUACCCAAUGAUUAGAUACAUGAUUAAUAUAAUUUACAUGUAAUACAGUUUAUGUUCAGACUGCUAAAGUUGUGUUUUCUGUUAAGGAAAGUUUGUUUUGUUGUUUGAAGAUGAGUGAUGGAGCAGUAUGCACUGGCUAACCCCGACCAGCAGGGGGCGCGUUCGCUACACUGUGUGUUCUAGGUUAUUCAGAGAAUAAGAACACAUGAAUGUGAAGUAUAAUUGUGUGUGGCGAACUGUGUUGUUAAAAAUAACUUUUGGCUCCUUGCAGAUUGCAAUAAAGCUGAUUCAUCAAGUUAAA